CUUGCCAGCCUGACUUUGGAAACCUUGACUAUUUUGUGUGUUACUUUCAUUACUGAGAUCAGCCUAGUGGCAGCUGGCCAUGACUGCUACCCUGUGCUGUUUGUCUAUGAUUCAAGUAAAACAGCCCUGUCUUUUGGUGGGAAACUGGAUGUGCCCAAGCAGAGUGCUCAGAAGGGUAUGACAGCCAGAGAGCUCUUUCAGAACCUGGACAAGAAAGCCACCACUGACAGCAAGGAAGCAGUCCUGGAGCCUGUGCACAAGAACAGCAUCAGCCAAAUCUCAAUUCUUGGUGGGGUAAAAGCCAAGUGUACGAUUCUGCACCAGGAUGGAGGCAUGGCAAUUUGGGAUGUAAAAACCCUCGCAUCUGAAAUGAAGGACCUCAAGAUUAUUUAGUGCAAGAAAUCAAAGCGUACACCAGAACCAAAUCUCAAUGCAAAUUGCUUGCUUUUUUAAUCAUCUUUUGUCAAUUGUCUUGACAUUUUCAUAUAUAUAUAUAUAUAUAUAUACUGUAUAUUUUGUUCAAUGCUUAUAGUGAUAUAAGGAUGCUGAUAAGCAUUUGGAAACAGGUUCUGGAUGAACCAAGAGCUGUUUAUUGAUCCAUUUUCUGAAUAUAUAUGCUGGUCAUAGACUGCUUUUCUGUUUUUAAUUAUUACAGGUACCUUGCCUUAAACCUCAAUACUGCAGUUGAAAUUAAUAAAUAUGAUUACAUACUGAGGUGCAGCAUUCUGAAUGUUAAAUUGCAAAUAUUUAUGAGAUCCGGGACACAACAAUGCAGAUUAUCUACCGGUUGAAUUAACAUGGACAAUCAGUACACCACACUAAAUUUAAUUAAAAACAAAUUAAAAAUAUGUGCUGAAACUGUUACUCAACAUGAUUUAUAUGUAUAGACGAUUAAACAUUUUCAACAGAGGAUUGAUUUAAUCUUUAUAUGGAACAAUGUAUUGUUUUUUUUUUUUUUUUUUACAAAAA